AAUCACAUAACCUACCUAGGUAUCUAGCUUGUUAGAAAGGAAAGACUUAAGAAGGCGUAUUCCUACCAUGUAUUUCCUACUCAUAUCAUCCAUCCUCCGCAAGAAUACAAAGCAAUCCCUUCGAUCAGAUAGUCCCCAACUCCUCAUACGCCACCAACAAAUUCCAAGAUGCACUUCGUUAAGACUUCCAUUGCGCUCCUCGGAGCUCUUGCCUCCGCUGCAGUAGCUCUCCCCGUUCAGGAGAAUUCUAUCGUGGCUCGCGAGCCUUCCAAGGAGAAGUACGCAACAUACGAUGCUGCCCAGGGAAUCGAGGAGCGAGACCCCUCCAAGGAGAAGUACGAUACCUACGACGCCGCGCAGGGGGUAGAGAAGCGUGAACCCUCCAAGGAAAAGUACGAUACCUACGACGCCGCGCAGGGGGUAGAGAAGCGUGAACCCUCCAAGGACAAGUACGCUACAUACGAUGCCGCUCAGGGGGUAGAGAAGCGUGAACCCUCCAAGGAAAAGUAUGAUACAUACGACGCUGCUAUUGAACACGAGCAUGAGCACGUACACGAGAAGCGUUCGAAGGAUAAGUACGCCACCUAUGAUGCCGCCCAGGAAGCUGAAAAGCGAGACCCUUCGAAGGAAAAGUACGAUACGUACGAUGCUGCCCAAGAAGUGGAUAAGCGCGAGCCCUCGAAGGAGAAGUAUGACACUUAUGACGCUGCUCAAGGGGUUGAAAAGCGAGAGCCUUCUAAGCAGAAAUACGACACCUACGAUGCUGCUCAGCAGGAGUAAGCAGUACAUGUAUGUACCUAAAGCAUCGUGUAGAUUAGGUCCUUGGGCGAGUCACUGUCCCUUAAAUCGCCCUAUACACGAUACGCUUCUAGGGAAAUUGGCGUAGUAACUAUAAGUUAAGGGUUUGGCCCUGGCUACGAGCUAAGGUGUUUGAGGGUUGGGGGUUUUGAGGGAAUGCUGAAUGGAAUGGGCCAAUAGGGGAGAGGUCGUAUAAGCUUUAAGUCUCCUGGGGACACUCAUUUCAAUGGUAUUUGCUAAGAGGUACCUACUUAAGAUACUUGCCUGUAGAUACGAAUAAAGUACUAUGUCGACCUCA